GGGUAGAGAGAUAGAGAGAGGUUGUGGAAGGAAGGACUUGCUAUAAGGACACCAGCGACUCUUAAAAUCCAGCCGCUCCUCUGCUUUUGCGCAGGAGAUUUAUUUUUUUAUUUUUUCGAAGGAACAAUACAGGAAAACGGGACAAGCCGUGAUUGGAGCCCGUUAGGAGGAAAAUUAUUAAUUUGUCUUUAAAUAAUUCUCAGCCGGCAGAGCCACUUGGGAACCGAGGGACACCUUCCACGAUGAGGGCCGUGGACGUUGCGCUGGCGGUGCUGCUCGCCGCGUCCCUGUCGUGCCGGAGCGCGCUCGGCGGCUACGGGGCGAGCCUGUUCGCGGCGCAGACCUCCCCCCCGGACCCUUGCAACGACGAGCACGGCAACCCGCGCCGCUGCAUCCCGGACUUCGUCAACGCCGCCUUCGGCAAGGACGUGAGGGCGUCCAGCUCCUGCGGCAAGACGCCCGGCCGCUACUGCGUGGUGACGGCGGCGGAGAAAGGGGACGAGAGGACGAGGAGCUGUCACACGUGCGACGCCUCGGACCCCAAGAAGUGCCGCCCGCCGGCGUACCUGACGGACCUCAACAACCCGCACAACCUCACCUGCUGGCAGUCGGAGAACUUCGUCCAGUACCCGCAGAACGUCACGCUGACCCUGUCGCUGGGCAAGAAGUUCGAGGUGACCUACGUGAGCCUGCAGUUCUGCUCGCCCCGACCCGAGUCCAUGGUCAUCUACAAGUCCAUGGACUACGGCAAGACGUGGGUGCCCUUUCAGUUCUACUCGACGCAGUGCAGGAAGAUGUACAACAAGCCCAACAGGGCCGCGAUCACCAAGCAGAACGAGCAGGAGGCGGUCUGCACGGACUCGCACACCGACAUGUACCCGCUGACCGGCGGGCUCAUCGCCUUCAGCACGCUGGACGGCAGGCCGUCGGCGCACGACUUCGACAACUCCCCGGUGCUGCAGGACUGGGUGACGGCCACCGACGUCAAGGUGAUCUUCAGCCGGCUGCACACGUUCGGCGACGAGAACGAGGACGACUCGGAGGUGGCGCGGGACUCGUACUUCUACGCCGUGUCGGAUCUGCAGGUCGGCGGGAGGUGCAAAUGCAACGGGCACGCGUCCCGGUGCGUGAAGGACCGGGACGGGGGUCUGGUGUGCGAGUGCAAGCACAACACCGGCGGGCCGGAGUGCGACAGGUGCAAGCCGUUCCACUACGACAGGCCGUGGCAGAGAGCCACGGCCCGCGAGGCCAACGAGUGUGUCGCCUGCAACUGUAACCUCCACGCCCGGAGGUGCCGCUUCAACAUGGAGCUGUACAAGCUGUCGGGGAGGAAGAGCGGCGGCGUCUGCCUCAACUGUCGCCACAACACUGCGGGACGCCACUGCCACUACUGCAAGGAGGGCUACUACAGAGACCUGUCCAAGCCCAUCUCACACAGGAAGGCCUGCAAAGCAUGUGAUUGCCAUCCCGUGGGCGCUGCUGGCAAAACCUGUAACCAAACCACAGGACAAUGUCCCUGUAAAGACGGCGUGACCGGUAUCACGUGCAACCGCUGCGCUAAAGGCUACCAGCAGAGCCGCUCGCCCAUUGCCCCCUGCAUAAAGAUUCCAGUUGCACCUCCUACAACCCCAUCCAGCAGCACCGAGGAACCGUCAGACUGUGACUCUUACUGCAAAGCAUCGAAAGGCAAACUGAAGAUCAACAUGAAGAAGUACUGCAAGAAAGAUUACGCUGUGCAGGUGCACAUCCUGAAGGCGGACAAGUCCGGCGAGUGGUGGAAGUUCACCGUCAACAUCAUCUCCGUCUACAAGCAAGGCGAGAGCCGCAUCCGCCGCGGCGACCAGUUCCUGUGGGUCCGCGCCAAGGACGUGGCCUGCAAGUGUCCCAAGAUCAAGCCCGGGAAGAAGUACCUGCUGCUGGGCAACGACGAGGACUCCCCCGGCCAGGGCGGAGUGGUGGCGGACAAAGGCAGCCUGGUCAUCCAGUGGAGGGACACGUGGGCGCGCAGGCUCAGGAAGUUCCAGCAGCGCGAGAAGAAUGGCAAGUGCAAGAAGCCGUAGGGCGGGAGGGAAAAGUGAAAAAUGAAAUAAGAUGGAGAGGAGUUCAAGAGAAAAGCUGAGCGGGUGAAAAAAAAAUCUAAAGAGGGGCAGGCGGAGGACCGUGGUCAGACCCGUGGACAGACAACAGACUGUUUGUGUCGCCGCUUUUUCGUGUAGAAGCAUGAAGAGAAUUAUUUAGGAUGAUUUGUUUUUUCUAGUGAACAUUUGUUGAAGGAGCUCACCUCGCAGAUUUGGUUUCAUGGUUUAUUUUACUUUGAGGUUUUGCCUCUCUUGUGGAUUUGCCGAAUUUGCACCUAUUACCAGCAUAUAAAGUUAUUUGUGUUUUUUUCUCUUUGUUUAUCUCAGUAUGAAAUCAUUAUAUUCUAAUGUUUAAAUUUCAUGGACACUUGCUGCUGGUGCAAAAAUGACACAGAGAGAAAAGCAAAAAGCGCCAUUUAACUGGCGGUGCAACUUUUUGCCGCUGCAUGGUUUACUUGUUAUAUUCUUAACAAAGAGGCAAGUUCGUUUCACCAAAUCUGAUUGAGGGAUGAGCAAUGUCCUCUGUUAAGAAUUUUCCCAUGAAAAAAAUAUAUUGUUUUUUUAAGCAACAUAAAUGUAUUAUACAUUCUCCGUCCCGUACAAAUUCUGAGCAGUUCAGCAAGUCAAGAAACAAGACAUCUGUCAUUUAAUAUUUUUACAAAUUCAGAAGAUCUAAGUGACAUAAGAAGGAAAGAAACAGUGUUGAAAUAUUUUAACUCCCUUCACACUUGACUGGUUACAUGUUGGUGGUUCAGUAUUACUACAAACCUGCAUGUAAAUGCAUCUCAUUUAUGACUAAAAGGUUUAAUUCACCACCCGGUGCUUCCACAUAAUGACCACAGAUAUUCACAAAAUUAGGAGAUUUUUCUUUUUUUAACCCAUUACGUGUGUUUAGUUAAAAAGUUGUAGUUCAUUGUGCAAAGUGGAUGCAUUAUAUAUUAUAGCUGUGCCCAUUAAGUACUGAAUGCUGUCAGAUAAUACUGGGUAAAAUGUCCCAUUUAACCCCGUCGAUGCCCACAGUAGAAAGCAAUGGUUUUAGGUGUAAAGAAAAGGAAAACAGUGUCCUUACCUCAUGCCGUGCAGACGUUAAUCCUGGUGCAGGAAAGUAAAACACCUUAAGUGCAACCGCACCUCGGAAAAAUAAUCAACAAUCCUGAAUUCUGGAAUAGAUUAGGGAUGAAAACCUCCAACGCUCUCUUUUGCAAACACAAUGCACGAGUGUACAUUCGUUGUGCGACCAGUCAGAAGCCACAGUCUCCCUUUGGCCUGUCACUUUAAAUUCUCUUCACUUUGACACUUUGGCGCAGGGAGGAACGGGGUGAAUUGCAAUCAGUUGACGCUGCUUGAUUUCGAGCAUCAUCGCUCGUUUGUUUGUGUGCCGUUCGGUCUGAGGAACGCGUGGUAAAAGUACGUAGUGUGUCCGACGUUUCUCAAGCUGGAGUUCUUCUCAGUCCGUACCCAAAAAUACGUAGUCAAUUAUUUUUUGGUUCAUAAAAUCCCAUCUAGCACCUUUUAGUUUGCUCUGAAGUCCUGUUUAAUCUUAUCGAUUUAUACUGUUUGAAAGAAUCAUAAAGAUUCCAAUAUCUCUCAAAUGCCCCCUGGAAGGCUUUUAAAACCACGAGAAAUCAGAAUCACCUGCAUUCAACUGUAAAAUAAAAUCAACAGAUGCCCGUAACGCUGAAAUACUUCAGUCUUUACUGAAUUUUUCUUCUUUUAUCUACGAUCAAUCAAUUGAUUGUAACUGUACUCACACACGCACACACACACACACACACACACACACACAGUAUAUUCACAUAUGCCCGUCUUUCAUUGUUAACUUUACAUUACAUGUUUGUUUCCGUUUGGCACAUUGUAAUCUGUAAUCCCACCUCUCUGGUCUCUGUGGCCUCAUGCUGUAAAUUUCACACCGAUGGUUUUGACAAGCUUCCUGAUGAAACGCUUCACAGCUGUCAAAGCAUUGCUUUGUGUUCAUACUAUGAAAUUGUAAAUGUUGUUUAGUUGUCACCAUUGCCAAGACAUUUUUUUUUCAAUGUUGUUUUACAAUGCGUACUAAUAUAUUAUGGUUAUUAUAUAUGAAUAUAUUUAAUGACACAAGACAUUGUGGAUUUUAUUGUCUUUAACUAUUUUUUUUUUUUUUUUACUUGUGGUUGUUUAGAUCGUUGCCACUAAAGAAAGACAUAAUAACUACUGAACACACAAACCUGGUAGAACUACAUUCAGAUUUUCAGUUGAAAUAAACUCGUUACAUUGAAAACA